AUGUCCAGAUCCUCUUAUGACAGAUUCCUCACAGUAUUCAGUCCAGAAGGCAGAAUAUACCAAUUAGAGUAUGCGUUCAAGGCGAUAUCAGGUUCAAACCAAACGGCUGUAGGAGUGCGCGGUGAUGAAGCCAGUGUAGUAAUCACCCAGAAGCGAGUACCCGACAAGCUAUUAGAUGCGUCUACAGUGACCCACUUAUUCUCCCUAACGCCCACAAUUGGCUGUGUAAUGACUGGUAUAGUGCCCGACGCCCGCUCGCAAGUGAUGCGCGCUCGCUCUGAGGCUGCCGAAUUCAAGUACAAGUACGGCUACGACAUAUCCGCUGAGCAGCUCGCGCGCAGAAUAGCCAAUAUUAACCAGGUACAUACGCAAAGAGCGGGAAUGCGCCCACUAGGUAUCGCCAUGAUGAUCGUUGGGCACGACGAUGAACUCGAUCAGCCUCAGCUCUUCAAGGUAGAUCCUGCUGGCUACUUUGUUGGCUUCAAAGCAACUUCCGCAGGCACUAAACAGACAGAGGCUAUCAACUUCCUCGAGAAGAAAUUCAAGGUGGAGAAUAUCACCCUCGGUUAUGAACAAUCGCUCGAACUGGCGGUUGAAACCCUCAGCAGCGUCCUCAGCACCGAUCUUAAACCAAGCGAAAUCGAAAUAGGCGUCGUUAGCAAGCACGAUAAGGUGUUUAGGACUCUCGGGGAGGAUCAAGUGGAGGAUAUUCUGCAGAAGAUUGCCGACAAAGACUAG